AUUUCUGCAGCGCAGUGCGUGCUUCCUCUGGGAUUUUGGAUUUCUUUGGGGUGGUUUUUUUUUUGCAAAAAAUAAAAGCCGUGGUAUUUGCAAUGGGACAGCGCCGAGGACUGCAACGGGUAAAGUGAAAGCAGGGUCGCAAAGCCAUGUAGCAUUUCCUCCGAAGAGUCCAGGGGCUAAUUACCCAAAAUUAGCAUGUUGGGAUACUUCUUAAGGGGUCAAAGGCUGGCUGAUCAAGAUUUUUACAUUGAGACAUUUUAAGAGCCAGGAGUUUUAAAUGGAAUAAUUCCAAAGAUUGUAAAAAUAUAACUUAAGAUCUGCAUCAUUCCAGCUUUUACUUUCUCAGUUUGCAAACAGUGGCCAUCGAGAAAUAAUCGUGCUGCCGAGGAUCCAAGCGGACACCAUGAAGAUUCAAUUAGCAGCAGCGCUCUCCAGUUUCUCUCUUUGUCUGAUUUUCCUGGUGCUUACCACAUCCUCUGCUGGAGAAGGGCUUGGAAAGGGUUUUGGAGAUCACAUUCAUUGGAGGACACUAGAAGAUGGGAAGAAAGAGGCAGCAGCUAGUGGUUUGCCUCUAAUGAUUAUCAUCCACAAGUCCUGGUGUGGAGCUUGCAAAGCUUUAAAGCCAAAAUUUGCUGAAUCCAAGGAGAUCUCUGAACUUGCCCAUAAUUUUAUUAUGGUGAACCUAGAGGAUGAAGAAGAACCAAAGGAUGAUGCUUUUAGCCCUGAUGGUGGUUAUAUUCCCAGAAUCCUUUUCAUGGAUCCCAGUGGGAAGGUCCAUCCAGAGAUCAUAAAUGAGAAAGGAAACCCUACCUACAAGUAUUUCUACAUCAAUGCUGAUCAAGUUGUCCAAGGAAUGAAGGAAGCCCAGGAGAAGCUGACAGGAGAUGCUUUCAAACAAAAACAUCUUGGAGAUGAAUUAUAAUAAAUAAACAGAACAUUGCUUUUUCCAUCAUCCUGAAGCUCUGAAAGGAUAAAUGAUUUUUUUUCUUUUAAUCUGUUAAAACAUGCCAAGAAAUGUAGAUGCACUGGAAGGACAUAAUUCUCCUCUCAAUAACUUGUAAGGUUAAACACUAUCUGAUUUUUCACAUACUUUUAUCAAAUGCUGUGUUAUCUUCUCCUGCUCCUCUAGUUUGCACUUCAGUGCUUAUUUACAGCUGAUAUACAUGCAUACACAACCUCAUCUUGAAUGAAUAUGUAAUCUUCAUCCAUGUAAACAAUGACCACUAGUAUCCAGAGGCCUAGAUCUUACCCUCUUCUUAAGAGGAAUGAAUUUUAUGUUUUCAAAUAGCCAACGCUAGAUCUCUGAUCAGUGCUUGCUUCCCCAUGUCUGAGUGACAGUCAAUCAUCCUUUUGAUUUCAGUAAGGAUACUUGUGAGUAGAAGAUGUUACUCAAGCCUGCUCCAUUCUGAAAAGCCAAAAAACAAACAAACUAAUAAUUCUGCCAUGAAUGCUAAUGAAAGUAGAGUUAUUUUCAUUAAUCUCUAAGAGUAGCAUGUGGAAUAUUCACUCUGCACAUAUUUUUCUAGUAGGUAAUCUCUGUUUGUGAAUUGACUUCACUUGCAUUCAGAUUGAAGCGUCCCGUCUAUUGUGUGUUCAUCUUUUGUUUUAUUCAGAGAAGAUAGAUUAUAUUGAAGCAUAAUGGGGAUUCCCCCUCUCCCCCCUUUUUUUGGAGAAUGUCUUGCCUAACAUUGUACUGUAUUUUUGUACUAUGUUGAAAAAUAAACAUUUUUUAA